CACUCAGAGGUUGAGGGGGGACGGAGAGGGCUAUGUGAUAGUUUUUUUCUGAGGAGGAGGCCACAGCGUCCUCGAAGGGAGGGAUGGACCUCUGCAGGACCCCUGCAGGCUUCUCCGCCAUGCUGUGCUCAUCCCCACCCCUGAGUGAGAUUUGGGGCUCCAGUCUCCUGGUAGCUUCUCCUCCUUCGCCUGAGCAUCCUGAUACCCUCCUGCCCAGGCCAGGUACUCAGACACUGACAGGGCAUCAGAUUGCACGGUAGUGACCAAGUGUGGACUUAACCCAGUCUCUUGACCACCACUUUUAGAUCCUUUUCCUUGGGAGUUAUAACUGGGCAGAAUAAUUUAACACAGUGUUCGGGGGCGGGGGGGGGGGGGGCAAAAAGAGUCGUGAAGGAACCGGGCCUGCCGCUUUUGGUUUCUUUCCUCCUCCCCUUUUCCGUCUCCCCUUCGGUCGGUGCCGCAGCCGUUGCCCUUUUAAGAGAGGCCCCGCCCGCCCGGAGGGGGUGGGGCAGGGGCGGAGUCGGAGGAGUCGGGGAAGGAACAAAGCGCGGCCUGCGGGCGGCGGCUGGGCUCGGCCGGCGGGGCCGGGGUGCGGGGCCUGCGGUCGGCGGCCCCGGCGGAGCUUUGGAGGGAGGGCGGCGGCAUCGCCGUCCGCGGCGGCCCGGCCAUGAAUGGGCUGCCCUCGGUCGAGGCGCCGGGCGGCGCGGGCUGCGCCCUGGCUGGGCUCCCGCCGCUACCGCGCGGCCUCAGCGGUCUUCUGAACGCGAGCGGAGGCUCGUGGCGGGAGCUGGAGCGCGUCUACAGCCAGCGCAGCCGCAUCCACGAUGAGCUGAGCCGCGCCGCCCGCGUCCCGGACGGGCCCCGCUCCGCCGCCGGCGCCGCCUGCGCGGGACCCGCCGCCGGCCCCUCCGGCCCGCGUCGCCCUGUCAACCUGGACUCGGCACUAGCGGCGCUGCGCAAGGAGAUGGUGGGGCUGCGGCAGCUGGACAUGUCCCUGCUCUGCCAGCUGUGGGGCCUGUACGAGUCGAUCCAGGACUACAAGCACCUGUGCCAAGACCUGAGCCUGUGCCAGGACCUGUCAUCCUCCCUGCACUCGGACAGCUCCUACCCACCUGAUGCUGGCCUGUCUGAUGACGACGAGCCUCCUGAUGCCAGCCUGCCCCCGGACCCGCCACCCCUCACUGUGCCCCAGACGCACAAUGCCCGUGACCAGUGGCUGCAGGACGCCUUCCACAUCAGCCUCUGAAGAGCUGGGGGAGCGAGGGUCAUGCACCCGUGCAAAAGGCUCAGAAACUCACCCCUCAGCAAGGAUUCAGACUAUAGUGCCUGCUUUCCCCAUACCAGCUCACCUCAAGGAGCGCAAGGCUUGGGCCCCUCAGAGGCAAAACUGCCGACCCCUCUCCCCCGUCUUGGGUUAGCUGGCACUGGGGCGGGCACCUGGCUACAGGCUCUGCCCCCGGCACUGGACCUCCACUUCUCCCACAUGUGUGCACCCCAGCUUGGCCACCCCUCAGUCUGGCGGUGGGGCCCAAAGCAUCUUGCGCUCCCCUUGGCGCCUCUGCAUUAGGAGGAGUGCCUGGCUCCCACCUCCUUUUCACCUUUUGCUGCUGUUGGCAGCUGCUGGCUCAGGGGCAUCCCACCUUUGGUCCCUGGGUUCCACUGCCCUGGACAAGGGCUCCAGAACCCAUUCCUGCACCCACCCACGGCCGGGAGGGCCAAGGCUCCGUGCUGGAUAUUUAAGUUUAGGGGCCAGCCUCCUGGGCGCAUAGAUAAAUAAAUACUCUCUCAGCGUU